AGAAGAGUGGUCUGGUUGUGGUGAAAAAUAUGAAGAUUGUUGGUCUUCAUUGUUCCAGUGCAGACUUGCAUGCUGGCCAAAUCGCACUCAUUAAACAUGGAUCAAGACUUAAAAACUGUGAUCUUUAUUUUUCCAGAAAACCAUGUUCAACUUGUUUAAAAAUGAUUGUAAACGCUGGGGUGAACAGGAUUUCUUACUGGCCUGCAGAUCCUGAAAUCAGCUUGCAGAAUGAAAUGCCCAGUCCCGUGACUACUGAUGAUGCAAAGCUAGAUGCCAAAGCAGUAGAAAGGCUGAAGUCAAAUAGUCGUGCUCGUGUGUGCGUGUUACUUCAGCCCUUGGUGUGCUAUAUGGUGCAAUUUGUUGAAGAAACUUCCACCAAGUUUGAUUUUGUUCAAAAAAUAGCAAAAUCUCAGCCUGACUCAAAUACUGACUUCUAUACUGCAUGUAGACAAGAGAGAAUAAAAGAGUAUGAAAGUUUAUUCCUAAUUUCAAAUGAGGAAAUGCACAAGCAAAUAUUGAUGACAAUGGGACUGGAGAACCUCUGCGAAAAUCCCUACUUCAGCAACCUUAGGCAAAAUAUGAAAGAUCUUGUCUUGGUCUUGGCAACAGUGGCUGCCAGUGUCCCUGCCUUCGGAUGCUUUGGAUUUUACAACAGUGAAUCGUGGCAAACAAAUGAGACAGACCAUCAGGGUUUGCCCCAAGAAAUUGCACGGCACUGUAUGAUACAAGCCAGGCUACUUGCGUACCGGACAGAGGAUCAUAAAACAGGAGUCGGAGCGAUUAUUUGGGCAGAAGAAAAAUCAAGAAGCUGUGAUGGAACAGGAGCAAUGUAUUUUGUAGGCUGUGGUUACAAUGCCUUCCCUGUUGGAUCCGAAUAUGCGGAUUUUCCACACAUGGAUGAUAAACAGAAGGAUCGGGAAAUCAGGAAGUUCAGAUACAUCAUACAUGCGGAGCAGAAUGCCUUGACAUUCAGGUGUCGAGAAAUAAAGCCAGAUGAGAGAAGCAUGAUAUUUGUGACGAAAUGUCCAUGUGAUGAAUGUGUCCCUUUAAUCAAAGGGGCUGGUAUCAAGCAGAUCUAUGCAGGAGAUGUUGAUGCUGGAAAAAAGAAAGCAGACAUAUCCUAUAUGAAGUUCAGUGAACUCGAGGGUGUAAGCAAAUUUACAUGGCAACUAAAUCCAUUGCACACCAAUGCCCUUGAAUUCCAUGACCCCACAGCCAGGGAAAAUGGGGUCCAGAAAAUAAAAUCACUAGAUGACCAGCAGCACCAAAGCAAGAAACUGUGUCUUGGUCACUAUUGAAUAAUUAAGCACUUCUGCAGUCUUGCUCUGUACUUUUUAUAAUGCAGCCUGUUUGCACUUUCAAAUAAGGAAGAGUUUUAUUUAUUGUUUUGAAAGUGAUUUUUAGAAUAAGUUUAUUUAUGAUGUCUUAAAUGUUUUACAGAGUUACCUGAAGGUGUUUUUAAUUUAGAAGUUCCUGGGGAAAAAAAAUGCUGCUUGUAUUUUCUGUGAAAGUAACUGGGUGGCUAAUCAUUGUUAACACAUUAAAAAAGAAUACU